AUGAGCCUCAGAUCCUGCGACGACACGACCCAGCUAGCUACGCCGUCCUUCAAUUUGCUCAUCCAUCUCCUCCCAACUUUUUAUCUCCCUUCCAUCGCUCCCGCUCCUCGUUCCGCCGCUUGCGUUUCCUCUCCGUCGUUGUCCUCCUUUUUUUACGCUCGCCUUCCUUUUUGCGUUCGCAUUCGCACAUCCGCACUGUUCACCAAUGCCGAACGACUUCUUCAAUAUUUCCAUGUAUUCGCGUACUUCUCUCUGCUCGGAAACGCAAGCAACAAUCGACGAGCACACGCUCGUGACAAUGUCCAUGUACGACCACUCUCAGGCGCAAUCCUCUCUCCGACCCCCGCGCACUCUCCUUCCCCACCUAUCAUCCCAUGCUUGACAUCACCCUUGAUGGGCCCACGCCAUCCACCGCUCACCCCUCCUGAGCCAAGUUCGUCCACAGCAUCCACUUCACCCCCUCCAUUCAAGCCAGAACAUCCCGGAGAUACACCUUUGAAGACAUCCACAACUACUACUGAUAUUGCACCUCUGAUUGCACGUUGUAUCCAGAGCUUGCAAUGCGCUUGCACAGACACGCUUUCCCCUGCAGCUCAAACUAGCUUGUUCAACGCUCUGGAUUUAACCCAGGUGAACCACUCACACUCGCUGCACACUGUCGCGGCGCAGCCUCAACCUCCACAACCUGCUCGACCUUAA